AUGGCAGCACCGCAAACAUACAAAGCCUACCGCCGCAGCAAAGGGGGCAUCCCGAAAACCCUCGAGCUGACAACCGAGGAGCUUCCGCUGACGUUGGGUGCUGACCAAGUCCUCAUUAAAAUCCAUGCCGUCUCUCUAAACUAUAGAGAUAUAGCAAUGCUGCACGGAACAUACCCUGUGGAAUAUCUUGACGAAGGAAUUCCCGUUUCGGACUGUGCUGGUGAAGUGAUUUCAGUCGGUUCUGGAGUCCACGAUUUCAAGGUUGGAAACCAUGUCACGCCCAUUUUUGAUCUGAAUAACUUCACCGGUACGGAAGAUGAGAGGAAUUGUCUUGGUGGGGAGGCUGAAGGUGUGCUUAGAGAGUAUGCCGUUUUCCACCAAAAUGUUCUUCUGCACGUGCCCGAGUAUCUUUCUUGGGAGGAGGCAGCAUGUCUUGCAUGCGCUGGUGUGACGGCAUGGACGGCUCUGGAUAUGCCUCGAUCAAAAGGAACGGCUCUGCUCCAGGGCACCGGCGGAGUCAGCAUGUUCGCCUUAUUGAUCUGCCUGGCUGCCGGGAUUCGGCCGAUCGUGACAUCUUCCUCCGACGAGAAGCUGGAAGCCGCAAAAUCAUUCGGUAGCCCGGGUUCCAUCGAUACCAUCAACUAUCGAACCCACCCGGAAUGGGAUGAGGAAGUUCUUCGUCUUACAAAUGGGCGCGGUGUAGAUGUCGUGAUUGAAAAUGGUGGUCCGAAUACCGCCACCAAAAGCCUGGCUUCGAUCGCGCGAAGAGGCGUUGUUUCGUUGGUUGGAUUUCUGGGCGGAUUAUCUGCCAGUACUCCGCCAGACCUAUUUUUGCCGGCACUGCGUAAAAGGGGGAUUUCCGUCGGGUCGAAGGUUGAUGAGAAGAAUUUGUGCGAUUUUCUGUCGGAGAAAGAGAUUAAUUUGAAGGGGAUUUUGGAUCAGAAGGUUUUCUCUUUUGAAGAGUCGCAGGAUGCAUUUGACUAUCUGUAUUCUGGAAAACACUUCGGCAAGGUCAUCAUCAAGUUCUAA